AAGUGGUGGCCAUUGUUGUAAAAACAAAUACAAGAAAGAACAAGUUAUUAAUAGAAAAAGAAAAGAAAACAAAAUAAAUAGUGUUAGCAUUAAAUUUUUAUCAAAAUUUAAUGAAAAUAAAUACAAUUACUAAAUAAAACGAAAACAAUAAAUAUAAAUAUGAGUUGCCAAUUAUCAUUUUAUAAGGUUUUAUUAAGCAUCUUAAACACAGUGCUAUCGUUACUGGGUAUAGGUUUAAUAGCACUGUCUGUUUACGAAUUAAACUCCUCAAAGCCAGGUACUUUUGAACAUGUUGCCAUAGUGGUACAAAUAUUUAUUGGAUCAUUUGUUAUACUCACCUCAUUUUUGGGCUGUAUUGGAGCUUGUCGCCAUUCGUCAAGUCUCAUAUGGAGUUACGCCAUGUGUAUGGUGUUUUUGUUGGCGUUCCAAAUUUAUAUUAUUGUCGCUGCCCAUUCUACCGAUUAUGUUGAGAAUGCCCGUAAUAACUUUAAUAAUUUAUGGAGUAAUUAUACAUUGAAUGCAGAACAAAUUAUUGAAACGGAGAAGAAGUAUCAUUGUUGUGGUAAAAAUGGCUCGCAAGACUAUAUACUGAUGGGUCGAUCAAUACCAAAGAAUUGCUAUGAAAAUGAGGAAAGAUUGCCCAUUAAUUUAUUCACAGAAAACUGUUUGGAUAUUGUAGAGAGAAAUGCUUCUAAAAGCGGUCGAAUUGGUUUAGCGAUAAAAUGGAUAUUAUUCUUUUUGGAAUUAUGUGCCUUAGGACUUUCGUCCUUGAUGGGAAUUAAUCUUCGCAAUACACACAGAAGGGAACAAUUUCGAAAUUAAUUCAACUUGUUUUACUUAUUAAUUAAUUUACUAAUUUAUUUAUUUGAGAUCAACAGAGAUUUGUUAAAUU